CCUUCUAUGCCGGGUUGAGCAGGUAGGACUCAUGUACACACCAUGCUGAUGAAUAUAUCAGACAGGAAUGACCCCAACAGGAGGCAGAGAACAGAGAUGCUUGUUCUGGUGACCUCUGUGAUAGCUGUUCUUCUGCUUCCGGGACAGUCUGCCACAUACAACUGCUCAUCUGUCUACAACAGGAUCCCAGGGAAUGAAGACCUCAAGGUGAUCUGUGGGACUGCUCUGAUCACGGUGGACGUGAACCUCUGUGCCGUUCAAUGGGCAGGCUUUGACCCAGCAAGGCUGGCCGUGAACGGCAAGUACAACAACAGUCUGUGCCGUGGCACCAUUGAUACCCAAGCUGACCCGCCCAUCGUUCGUUUUGAGCUAGCAGUCAACCACACCGAAGAGAACUCAUGCUGGCAGACCAUGCAGACCUCCGGCAUCCAGGCCUUGGUGGUUGGCAGCUACAUCGACAUGCCAAAGUCUGCAGAUGCUGUCAUCAGCUACUCCACAGACCUUUCCUACCACUUCUCCUGCCAUUAUCCCCUCAUGUAUUUCUUCAACAACAGCCAGAUAACAGCGUCUUCAAUCUCAGUGGGUACCCAUGAACACAAUGGUCACUUCUUCAGCAGCCUCAGCAUGGGUGUUUACAAUGACACUAGCUAUAGUUACCCACUCAUCGUUCCAGAAGCCGGACUCGCCUUACGUACCAAAGUCUUUGUUGAGGUCAAAGCCACCAACCUCACUGGGAACUUUCACGUGCUGCUUGACCACUGCUUCGCAACACCCUUUCCUUACAAUGUGUUGAGUGGUGAACAUCACAGCUUCUUCACGGGGUGUCAACUGGAUAAGAGGACAGUCAUGGAGAAGAAUGGAAUGGGUUUAAGUGCAAGAUUCUUCUUCGAGGUUUUCCGCUUCCUCCAGCACCAGGGCAGGGACAAGUCUAGCAUCUACCUCCACUGCAUCGUGAGGCUCUGUGAACCCAGCAAGUGCCAGGUGUGCUCUAGAAGGAGAAGAAGGUCCCAGGAUUUAUUUGACUUGCCAUCGGCUAAUUCCACAACAGUGUCUGCAGGACCAAUCCAUACCCAAAAUCAUGAUGAGAGAAAGCAGCCUUCCUUGUUGGUGUACAGUGUUGGGGGUCAACCGGAAGACAAACUCCAUAAUCCUAACCUGGUCGGUGGGGUAUUGUUGGGCUCAGGAGGCACCGUACUGCUGAUCUUGGGUGGGAAGUUUGUGUUCAAGAAACUUUCCAGGCAAGAAAAUGCAUUCCGUGCUUCCAUUUGGCCGCGCCAAUGGCCUUGCUGCCUGGCUCUGUGACCUUGUGUGCUGCAAUCAAUCUAUUAACGGCCAAAGUCAUUAGAUUCCCGAUAGGAUUUAUUUUUCAAUUUAUCCUGGUUUGGGGGAUAGGGGGCCUGCCCUGGAAGCCUGACUGUCUUUGGACUGUGGAAGAAACCUGGUGGUAAUGGAGGGUCCCUGCUGGAAACUCGCACAAAACUUGGGGAACAUGCAGACUUCAUGCAGGCAGAACAGCGAUUCAAUGCCCUAACUCUGGACGUGUGAGGCAUGAGUGCAGCAAAAUGAGCUACUGCAGUACUAUAGGGUACCUCUGGCCAUUGUAGAAUGUUGCGUGCAUCCUCUGUCUUGCAGAUUUAUUUACUGGACAGUAUAAAUAUGCAUUGCCCUGGCAUGCUGGCUUCACCUAUCGCUCUGUAGUCUUCUUAAAAUCUUAAAUGGGCAAUACAAAAAUGCCCUGAAGUUGGAUGCAUUUGGUAUUGAUAUGUGGUUUGAUCCACUUGGGAUUAACCAGCGCUUGGUAAGAUGUAUGAAAUAUAAUAACGUCAGUCAGCGUACUGAAAGGCAGCACUGUGGAGAGAAAGUGAAUGGAGUAUUUGAUGAAGUGAAGGGAGUUUCAAGUGUUUUUUAAUGGACUGCCGUAUAUUACAGGCUCAAGAUGAACCUUCAGUGAGUCACCACAUAUUUGUAUGGGUCUUUGUGUCCAUUAAAGGGGCCUGGUACAUUUAAAAUGAAAGAACUGUAACUUGCCAAAUUGCCCUCUCAUCCUCGUCUUAAUACAUUUGUGGUGUUAAAACGCUGAUAUUUUCUCAUAAAUGUUUAACAUAACUUAGGGAGC